AUGGACGCUGAAAAGGACGUGAACAACAAAAUCAAAGAAUUACUCGAUUAUACCAAAGAAUACAAGCAGCAUGAUGAAGAUCCACAGGUGAAAAAGAGUGGUGAUACUCUUGGAGAGUGCGUGCAUGGAAAAACUGGUGAGGAUUACCAGGAGGCUGGUAAUGUGCAGAAACUGAUCGAAGUUUUGGAACGUAACGAAAAGCUUUACUCCAAAAUACACAUGUAUCUCAGUUCGUCAGAACACGACAAGCUGCAGAACGAGCUACUCAGGGAGAAUAUCAACAGUUCAUUGGUGUGCGAAAGUAUGAUGAAGGUGCUCAGGGAGAUAAGUGCAGAAAGAAACGAUAGCGUGCAAAACGAGAAAAAUGCGAGGACAAGGAUGAACGAGCUGCUAAAGGAACAAUUUGAUCAGAAGAGAAAGAUUAUGAAGCUCAUGGAUGACCUGAAGUACUGCUCAAGCGCGAACAACGAGUUGUUGCGGCUGGUUCAAGAUCAAAAGGGCCGGAUAAGUGCGUACAAAGAAAAGUACGAGCUUGAGAGGAAGAAUGUACAAAAUAUGAAGGUUAUCAAUGAAGAGUUAGAUAGUCUGCGUAGGAAGGCGUUGGCUAAAAUAGAAGUACUGACCAAGGAAACAAGUGUGUUAUCAGAUCGUAUCAAAGAAUGCAAUUCUCAUAUCGCAGCGCUCAAGCAGUAUGAACAACAUAAAGAAGAAACUGAGAAAUCAUUUGAAUCACAAGUGCUUGAAAUGGAAAGAUCACUGAAUGAGCAUAAAAAGAUUCUUGAAGAAAAGGGAAAAGCACUUGAGAUGUGUAACUCAGAGCUUGCCAAGCUGCUGGCCAUGGAAAAAAGAAUGAAAGAGGAAAUAAAGAACCUUAAUGAGAAAAGCAGCUAUUAUGAAAGGUUAUAUAAAUCAAUAAAUGAGCAGAAUGAGUAUCUGAACGCGCAACUCACGAAGUUCAUCAAUAACAGUGAGAUUGUGGAUCUUGAGAGGAGCGACGAAUCAUUUCAUAGUUUUGGCACUGGCGAGAAGGAAAAGAUGACAGAAGUGCAAAAAGAUAGAAAGGGACAUGACGAAACAGUUGCAAAGAAGCAGUUACAUGACAGAAUGCACAAAUAUAGAAAACGGUUGAAAAAAUAUAAAAGGCUUUUUAACACGCAAAAUGAUCAAAUAGCAGCAUUGAAGGGCAACCUCAGCAAUGCUGAUGAGCAGUUUCACAAGCUUCAGAGCGAAUUUCUUGAUCUCAGGCGAUUCAAUGACGGUACUAUUUCUAAGAGAAAGAACGUAGCCGAAGAGUUGUUGGGCAAAAUGAAGGAGCUAAUGGACAGGAACUUGGAGUAUCAGAGCAAGAUAAUACAGUUGGAGAGUAAGAAAAUGAAAAAGAAGACAGAGGAUAAGUGGUCAGGGAUGGGUAAAAGGUAUGAAGAUCCUGUUAACCGUGGGAGUGUCAACAAUAAGAGUGAUCGCGACUUAAAUGAGGAUUGGAUUGUUAAUAAUGAACCAAAAACACGAGACAAUCACAAAUUUGAAAAUACUGUUGAAGAUGAGUUCAAAGACUUCACGGAGAGUACUCAGCAAACUGCCAAGCAUGUGAUGAGAGAACCGUUUAAAAAUGUUGUGGAGGACACCCAGCAUACAGUCAAACCUGUGAUGAGGGAAUCGUUUAAGGAUGAAUGGACGAGAUUUUUUGAAGAGGCUGAGAGGCAGAAAAACAUGAGGAUAGAGGAAGAUGCACACAAAAAAUCACAAAAAACGGUGUUUUACGAUGCUAAGGACGAGGUGGACAGAUCAACGAUCUACGCCAAAAAUAAAAAUGCAGUUGAAAGUAUAUGGGACAAGAUCACCACUACGUUUAAGCCAAGUACUAGGACAAAUGCAGUGGCAUUGGCGGAUAAAAUGGACAAACUGGGCAUUAGUACCGAGGAAAAGCACCAGGAUGAGUUUUUUGAUGUGCCUAGCCAGAAUGAAGCAGUGAAUAAUCAAGAUAACGCAAUUGGCGAGUCAAAAAAUGGAAAGUUAAAUGAUGUAGGUGAAAAUGGGCACAACAGCGAAGAAAGGUAUAACUUGAUGGAUGCAAUGACUAAUGCAAAAAAUGUAAGGCAUCAAAUGUAUGGUGAUCGAAAGACUUUGGUACCACCGGUAUUAGAGAAUGAAAAAAGGAUUGCUUCUCAAAUUGAGAAAACUAAUAAUGUAAUUGAUACCAGAAAAGGUAAUACGAAUAAAACAAGUAAGAAUGAUCCGGCCUAUAAAACGGGCUUAGAUAUCGGCCUGUCGACAAAUAAAAACAAAGAUAUGUCAACCGAUUCAGACUCAACAACCGACACGUUCAGAAGGAUGCGAGAAAAGACACAAAAGUUGCAGCAGAAAUUUUCCGAGUUGGAACAAAAGCUGAGCAAAAUAAAAGGUAAUAAUGAUCCGUCAUCUAAGAAACUGCACGAUCAGAUAGAAGCGUAUACGAAUUAUUAUUAUACAGACUUUGUAGAUAUCUCUAAUGAUUCCGAUUUUAUAUGAUAGUUGUGGUUUCGGUUUAUUAAAAUUGUUUGUGUGUAGUACACAGCUUAUCCGGAAAAAGCAUCUUUCACAAGCGAAUAUUUAUUUAUUACUAAGACAGGAAUGUGAGUAUUUGUUGUAUUUACGUAGUUCAUAUACGUUUCAGAGAGUGUGCUUGCUCAUCAUUCAUCUAAAUAAAAAGACAACUUGGAAGUUGAAAAGUCAGUUCUGAGAAAUAAAUUAUUUGACCCUUUGAGAAAAAUUAAAAAUCUUUGU